AUGGGAAAGCGGGCAGUGGAGAAUGCAGAAGAAAAGCUUUCUGCAGAUCUUCAGCGCCUUUCAGUCGGUUAUCAGCAUCAUCAGGACCGGCAUGUACAAGCUCCCCAAGAAGCGGCCUUGAUGCGUUUGCAAUGGUAUGACCGUUUGCUUGAAGAGGCUCCGCAAUGUGAGGCCAGUUGCCUUAACUGGAAGGCUUGGGCAAAUUGUGGGGUUUGCCUCUACCAUUUGGGCGAGAAGAAAGCCAGCUGGGUGGGUAAGUACAUGCGGGUGCUGGACCGGGAGUUCCACGAAGGUUCCUGGCAUUGGGAAGAGGCAAAUGAUGUGGUGCUGUUUGCAUUGCUGGUUCAGCGUGGUCGUGCUGGCGAGGUUUGCACACAGCGUUGGCAUGAGCGCCUGCCCAACCACUACUUCGCAGUUAUGCACGUGCUUUGCAUGCAGCUGAGCAAGCCUGACCGUCCCCUGCAAGAAGUUUGUCCUGACGACUCCCGCCUGGAACUUUGCGUUGGAAAUUGCAUAGCACUCCUUGCAGCUCCCGAGCGUCUAUUUGCUUGUAGUGAUGGAAAGAGGGCACGUUUGCAUGAGCGUGUUGAAGAUUUGUGUGUGGAAUGUGAGACCGCUAACGUGGAGGAGUUGGAAUUUCGAGUGCGGGAAGUCCAUUCUGAGAAGUGCGAUGGUGCCUCAGGCUGA